AUGCAUAAUCAAAUGAUGUUUGCAUUGAUUAUCAUUUCGUUUCUAUUCAUACUCUCAUGUGAAUCUGGAUUUCUAUUUUGUAAUGGAACAUCGAAUUCAACUUCAUCAUGGGACAUAUUUUUGUGUGGUUUGAGGAGUGCAUUGAACUUUCUUAAUUUUUUAAACACAACCGCGCAAAGUGUCAAACUACUAUUGGAUGGAUAA